UGAUGAUCAUCCAUGACUGAGACAGAUUGCCAGUACCCGAUCUCCUGAUGCAGAAUUAGAUCCUUCCUCUCAUCUUAUGUGCAGAUUCGUUCUGCUUGUCGUUUUUCAGUUCUUUCUACCACUUACAUCGAUGAUGUAUAACCUACCUAGUUGGUUGUCAUUUUCGAAACAACCAUAAGGUGAACCAUAAUUCUUGACGUCUUUUUGGGGUAAUUCAUGCAUUAGUUUUUAAAGUACCCUCCACAUCAACUGACAAUUCAUUGGCUAGAGGUAUUAAUUGCAUUAUAUGGUUACAUCAUUGAAAGUAGUUUGAAAACAGUUACAGCAACUUUGGAUCAACGCCAACAAGAGCAACCACGACACCGUCACGACCAGAGACCUCCUAAUUCAUCUGAGAACUGUAUCGACUAGAAAAGAUGCCGCAGACUCGUGAGGAGCUCCUGGGCGACAAGCCUGGCCUGUUUGCUCGCCAUAAUCGGCAGAUGUUUUCUCCGGGAAAGCCUUUGCCGCAGAUGCGGCCUAAGACUGCGAACCAGCCGAUACGACCGAUGGGCGAUAGCAAUCUCUGUGUGUACGCUGGUAAGUCGAUGUCGGUGCUCAAAGCCGAGGCCAAGGUGCGAGAAUACUCGGAGCCAGCGAAAGCGUUUUUCGUCCGUCUAGAGCGUGUAGCAAAGGCCGAACUCGAAAAACUUUUUGUACUCAAAAUGCAGCACUUGUUCGUGCGCAACGGAGGAAAAACAACAUACGGCAAGGAACAAGACGAAUACCCGGUUGAACCUAUAGCGUAUGCGAACGUAACGAGGGCUACUGUACAUGGCGGCUCGCCGUUCCGCGUGGGCGGGCAUUUGAUGAGUAUUGUUAUUGUUUUCACUUUCUGCCAGGCAGCCUGUUUAUUUUGUUGUUGGACUUAGCAUAUUAAUGUCAGGUGUUCGACCACUAGAUGAAGGAACGUUACUACUUACUACCGUUAAGUACCAAUCUCCUUCUCAAUCAUAUUCAAUUUAUUACUUAACCAGAAACAGAAAGAACAGCAAGUUCUUGUAAUUAUCCUAAUCGCCAUGUUAUUGUUAUCAUCAUUCAUUCAUUGCUAAGAAAUGUGACAAGAAGCUCGAGGACUGAGUCUAACUACGACUUUACUGAUCAUUCACAGCAAAAGACAUUUUCGGAGCUGCCAACGACAAUGAUCAAGCCGAGAGCGACGUUCUGAAUCGCUCUCACGCGAUGUAUCAGGGAAAGCAGCUCACAAGCUAUUUUCAAGGUGUUUUGGCGAAACUUCUACUCGACUUCGCGCAGUUCUCAGAUGCGCUGUUGAGGUACAACUCCAUCUCCAGUAAGAGUUUUGGUUAUUGAAGCUCGAACCUCCUUUGCAUUUGAACGACGUUCUUGUGUGAUAAUCCGAUUGACAUAGUAUUUGCAGGCCUUCCUGAUAUUCAUUUGCGGGCGAAGUACCUUCUGAAGGUUACGACAAAUCUGCGUACCUGCACCAGGCAAUUUUUGGCUUUUUCUUCUUCAAAGAAUCUGUCUCAGUAUUGACUUCGCCUCCCAUUACCUUUUCAGGAACCCACAACUUCUGGGCAUAAAUUUGUCCUGGAUAUUGUUUAGUCUCAUAUGUAGUACAUGUACGACUAUGCAUCGAGGCUUAUGCCAUGCCAAGACUUUUACUAUUUCGGCGAUCUCCACCAGGACCAGCUCACUUCAUCUAGAUCUACUAAACUCUCUAUUUCAUCGACCUCAACCAGCUAUUCGCAUUCCGAAGAGCACGAUUUCGAUUUCAAGGGUGCAAAGAAGAAGAAAAGGAAGAAGAAAGGAGAUGGAGCGAGCUCCGAAGCUGGUUCAAGCAAUUCGCAGACACGGGGCGACGAUGAGGAAGCCACCUCGCAAGAUGAAGACGAAGAUUCGGAGGAGGAACCAACACCAUCAGAUUCGUGCAUGGAUUCUAGCUCUUCGAACGACCCUGGCGGGAGCCGUGGCCAACAGAGAGGCCUAGUGGACGGACGCUUCAAGAAAAAAUUUCCCGAGAAAGCAAACUUCUUAGUCAAGCGAUUGGAAGAACUCAGUGCGGAGGUCACGAAACUAGAACAAAAGAACUACCUUUAAGGCUACUUUAGGGACAUCGACGAAUACAGCUAGACGGAGACCGAGACGUACAAGUACUAGUUGCACGUGCAUCCCGAUAAAGAUUCUAGAGCAGUGCCUACUCGCAAUAUUUCUGUCUGACGAAAAAAAAAAGACCCACGAUCACGAUGGCAUUGAUUGGUUUGAUACUAUGCACUGAAGUUGAAGGAGGUUCAUUUCAUUUUACAUUUACCGUCAAUCCGAGCUGUCUUCGUUCUCCUCAUCUAAUGACUGGUAAGCGACAAGUUUCAGCACGCGAGACGGAGCUUCUUGCGACAGCAGAUUCUUUGGCAGGACAAGUGGUCAAAGGUGAAGACCAUGAUCCCGGAUACGCUCAGACGCGAGUUCAAUGCUCUAGACACCGACGUGCAGUUAUAUGACGACGAAAUGUACUCGGACGAAAGUAAGAUUCACAGCAUGUAUCGCAAGCAAAUUGCGGAGCUUGAAGACCGAUACACAGAUUUGGUGGACAAGCUGAAAACGCGGUGCGCAUUUCUGGAAGACUCUUUGAUUUCAGCGCAAAACGAGAACGAGCGAUUGCUCAUGCAGAUGACAGCGUCACAUGCCAGACGCAGUGCAAAAGGUUAAGGGUCAUUGAACAAUUCAACUAGCUACAACUUUCUUCUGUGUGCGAUACAUAGAUUGUGUUUCUUUGCAUGGUUCCUACAAAACAGUUGGAAUUUGUAGUCUUGAAGAUGAACUACAGCGUACUAGUCACUUCUACAGAGGACGUUGAUCUGUUAUGCUCUUCUAAAACAGUGCGGGUGAUGAGGACAGCAAUAUGAAUAAUUCCACGCUAGCGGGUAUGCCUUCGGGUGCCAUCAUGGUAAACGUAGGUACGCGGAUGAACAAGAGUGACUUUAAGGACUUCUUUAAGGACACUGGCGUUGACCCCAUCCCGGAACUGGCGGCCAUGCAGCAAGGACCAAGCAGCAGAAACGAGAGCAAAGCACUUGUCAGCAAAAAGACAACGGUGGUGGCGCCGGGAGAUGACGACGGUCAGGGGCAGGAAGAGAGCGAUGGGGAUGGCGCAGACGUAGCGUCGCUGCAUUCCUUCUCUGCCUCGUCCGGUCGCGGUCGUCGCAGCAUGAUGAAGCGGCAGAGCACCUUGAGCAGCAAUCGUGUGUCGUCACGGCAGUUGCGCGCUAUGGGUACCAUGUCUCUGCAGCGGCAAGCUACCGUAGCGCCAAGCGGUUUGAGCCGCGCCGCGACCGUGUACGGGAACCUGCUCGCCGUGGAGCAGGAACAGACCAGUGCGUCAAGCAUCAAGAUUGGCGCCACCGUGAUGCGAGGUCCGGCUUGGGAGCGCCAAAACGAGGAUCUCAUCGCGGGUAAUCUGGGACGCGUGGUCGCAGUUGACCCCGAGUCCCAGACCAUUGAAGUAGAGUGGGACGAUGUUCAGGUCGACGCGGACGAAACUUUACCUGUGGAUCAGAUGGAUGAGCAGCAGGUUUUGGACCUCCUGGAGUUCCUGCACGCUCUGGGGUUUCAGGGCGGUUCCCUCACGCACUUACCGAGCAAGAUGCUCCAGCGGGCAAAGCGACAGUUUGUAGAUUUGAAACCGUUGGAGCAAGUCGUGGGAAUCUUCCUAAGGAGCAGCCAAUGGAUGUAUCACCCGCACAAACUCCAAUUCGAGCCACUCAACAAUGAGACCGUGCAAGGCGAUCGAUCACUUAGAAAAAUGGUAUGAUUGUCGCUGCUGAAGAACAAGAUUGUGUGUCCUUGUCCACCUCUUUGCGGCUGAGUCAUCGGCGUUGUUGAAGUUAUCGGCGUUUUUUAGUAAGUAGAUUAUCAUAAACAAGUUCAAGUACGUAGAUGCGCUAUUUCGUAUGUUAUAACGAUCAUGAUCCUUCAGCUCGAGGACGAAUUUGGCGGCAAUCUUUAUGUUUUGAUGCGAUGGCUUGACGACCAGCCCGGCGAGAGGAACUUGCUUUAUUUCAACUUAAUAAAGCGCACCGCGCGGUCUGCGGAUGACCUGGGGUCAGGUGACGAGGACUUAAGUGAUGCACCUAAACUUUGGAACUUUGUGCGUGCGAGCUCCGGCGAGCGGGUCUUGAAGAGUCAGAAGUCAAUGAAAGUCGUCAUGGACGCGAAGAAAAGCCACUUCGAGGUCCUCGUCCUCGCCAUGGAUGUGGCAGUGCAAGUUGACGAGGAUGAUCUCCUUGAUCAUGCGAUGGACGAUGAGGGUGGAGAGUUACGCCUGAUAGAACAAGAAGGAUGGAAUCAGUUUCGCUACUUCUGCUUGAUAUUUCAUCUCGUCAUCUCUUGACCACCGUCGUCUCCGGUCCUCCUGUUGGGACUUCUACUAAACACCAUCAGUAGAAGUAACAACUAACUCUUGCAAAUGAAUGUGAUCUCCAUGAUCUUUAUGUUGACAUCAAUAGAGGUAGUCAAUCACUUUGUCGAAGACUCUCAUGUGGCACUGUUGUGCCCAGUCGAGAGUGUUGACAACUUCCUGUCAGCCUUGAUUCACUUCCUGCCCUUCUAAUAGCCAUAUCCCAGGGUGAAAUCGCUGAGUCUCUGAAUGGAGCGCGUCGACGAUCGACAAUAGGACCUGGUGACAGCGGCACGGGGUCAAACGACUCGAGAAAAUACAGCAGACGGAUGUCAACGAGAGGUGGAACAAUAGGCGACGUUGCCAACCUGCAGGCUGCGCUAGAGCUUCUCGGUGAGGAAAUAGACAAAGCUGAAGAAAGGUACAACGAUCUAGCUACUUUUAUCUGUGCUGCUGGUCGAACGAAGCAUCGUUUCUACGAAGCUGUGAUAGUAAUAGAAAAGUAAGCCUGUACAAUAUUACGAGGCGUUUGAACGUGUAUUCUCCACGAAGUCAGUUGUGAACCGCUUCCGAUUGCAUCUUGAUGCUCUUCUUUCAUUUCACGCAGGUUAUCGAAUUCCACUGCCGUAGCCGCGGUUCAAGCUGAGGCAGAGGGCAGCGCUACCGAGCUGGGUAAUGAGAAGGAUGAGAUAAUUAUCGCAGGAGGAGGAGAAGGCGAAGGGAGCAAAGCGGCAGGGGUGGAUGCUCCAGGUGGUGGAGCUGCAGGGUCCUCCGGUGAUCGGACAUUGUCAACCUUUGCGGCUCGCUUGCAACGUCUCGUGGGAGCACGAGAAACUGAGCUCGCAGAUGUGAAACUGUUGCUGAAUGAGCCAGAGCCCGUGUUCAACUCAUUGAAAGACGUGCGCAUGGAUAUCGAUGCGGUUGCUCCACCUGGCGACGGCUCUCCUGGCGGAUCGUCGCCUCGCGUCCCCCUCUCCCCGGGACGCGCCGUGCCGCAACCCAGUAGCAAGCGCUUCAAGAGCGGCUACCGGGAUCCUGUUGAAGCGGAGGCGUAUUCGCCUGCUGGCUCCCGAUCCCCCCCGGGCACCGCACGGCAGAGACAGCAGAAUUUGUCAUCGCCGGACGUAUCACCUCGGGCGUCACCGCGACGUCCGCUCUCAGAGCUGACGAAAGAGGAACUGCAGUUACUGCACACCGCGCAGACGAUUGGACGACACGGGCUGCUGCAGAUAGCAAAGUGGGGCUCUGUGGUAGAUCCCGAUGUUGGAAUUUUAGAGUCAUUGCUGAAUCAAGGUGUCGAUCUGGAGGAGCCGCUGUCGAAAAAACGGAUACGAGCGGCCUUCCGCAAGUCUGGCCUUCCGAUAGAGAGGCAGGAGCUUGAGGAAUUGUUGCACAUCGUGUCCGGCUGUCUGGGAUGGGAUGAAGAAGCGGAUGGCGGCACCUCGCCUGCGACCUCCACGGCAAGCAAGCCAGGAAUCAGCCCUGCGAAAGCGCUGCCACCGCUGUCCGCGAGAGCGGCAGAUGGAGAACGAGCCGCAGCUUCUUCUGCGGCCAAUCUAGGAGAAGCCGGGACCGCGGUGGGUGCUCCUGCGACGACACCGAGCGAUGGGCAUGUGACGAAAGUCAAUGUUACGAGCGGCAUAGGAGCAGGCACACCUUCUGCACAACAUCAACAGCAGCAAUCAGGCAACAAGAAGACGAAGUCAUACUAUCGUCUUUGUGAUGUGUUUGACGCCAUGCAUCGAUUUCUCUUCGGCUCCGCACAUCGUAGACGAAACGCGAGCCUGCUUCCGCGACCGACGUCUGCUGCGAGUCGGUCGCCGCGCAAUCGGCCACGGUCCGCACAGAGCAGUGGAGACAUCAAUGCGGCGACAUCAUCCAGUGGCGGAAAUUUUAGUCAACUACACGGUGCCGCAAGCUCUUCGUGUGCAGGCGGGCAGCAGCACAUGACUGGACAGCAGUAUAUUCGUGCCACGCAAGCAGGCGUUUCCCAGAAUUUUCAUUGGGCAUCCGCAGCACCGGGUGGAGGAAGCUCGAGUUCUGCACGAGCAGUCGCUGCGAGCCGGUCGCCGGGUGGCCGCGGCGGGGCAACGUCUACGUCACCGCGGAACUACCAGCAGUACUGGUCGGACAAAAGCGCUCCUGCACUGCCCCGGUUCCGGCUGGCGCCAUCGCGAUCCCCACCCCGCAGUGCGCCGAAUGUGGUCGAGAUGCGUCCUGGAGUGGAUAUGGCGUCGUCUCCGCGGUUGAGCAAGCUGAUCGGCGCAUCGGGGACGGGUAGCGCAGUUAUGAGCGGGUCCGAAAAUGCGAUGCGCAAUUUGGAGAAUAUGCCACUCAACAAGCAGCGAAUGUUGGCUGCGGCACAGCGGAGACGAACGCCCUCGCCUAAUUCGUACGCCCAGCUGAUCCCCGAGGAGUAUCUUCACGCCCAGGAGCGGUUAAAGGAGCAGAGCCGCUCCCCGAUUCCGCGCGAGUCGCCAAGACACCACAAAGUGCUGAAUUACCGUGACUCGGUGGAGGGACGGCGUCCACACACGGCGGGUCCCACAGCUUACGGCAGACACGGCGCUGGCACGGGUCCGGGAACUGAUCAUGCUAGCGGAAAUAAGCCAAUUUUCGCGAGCAAACACUACGUGCCACCCGCCGAACAAGGCACGUCAGCACCUUCAGGGUGGACGCAAUCGCCACCCGGAACGAAAACGCGCCUCCCUUCCCCAAAUAGUCGACCUGCUAAUGCAAACUAUAGCGCUACUGGCAACAAAUUGAACAAAACAUAUACAUCCACAGGAGGGUUUGGCACGGGUGCUCUCAAUGGCACUAGCAGAGCCGCUGCUGUCGCAAAAGACUUUAUUGCAAUAGACGCGCGUAAUUCAUCGGGUGCCGCUCCCGACGCCGGCCGAAAGCCAAACACGAUGGUGCCAGCGCUUACGAGUGCAGCACUUCGACAAGAGCUUGGAGGUACCGUCAGAGUGAGUCGUUCUAUGUAUACUAAAAAGUGUUUUACUUGUUUCCAAUUGAUUCCACCUCCACGGCAAAAAAAUAGUCUAGGCUCUCUGUGUUUGUGUAAAGAAAACUUAUAUCCAAUCAUCUUCAAGCCUUAGAGUUAGAUAUAAGUACGCAAGCAACUGCUCGUGGUUGUGGGAUAAUCCCACGCACUCCUGGACCUGCUCCUUAGUUGUGUAAGAACUUCUAGUUCUUCGACGACUUAGCGCAGAGCACGACAUAUUCUCUACCUUACUCCAGGUGCAGCACGCUCUUCGGCGCAGCCACCCGGGAAAGGAUCACCCGAUAAGUUUCAUGGCUAUCAUGGCCGUGGCCAGACUCCAUCCGGACCCAGACCCUCCUCUAUUAAGAUUUGUUUCUUAUUCUUCUUUUCUUCAUGUUAGUUCAUGAGAGGAUCAUCAGACCCAUCGAACGACUUCAAAGGGAUCAUCCUCUGUAGUUGAUUUUUGACUGCUCUGCCUCACACUAGAUCUCGAUGUUUAUGUAGAAAAAUAUACCACUUCCUCGUGCUCGUCUAACCAACGCAGCGCGGUCCAAGUGCCUGGAAAAUUGUUUAAGAGCCCAAGCCAUGUAACCAUGCGUCCGAAAUCUCGAGAAGCGUUGGGCCGAAACCGUGACAUGAGUGCCAACCAUUUCAUGCCCGAAGCCUGGUACGACAAGAAAUUAAACAAGUAGUUGUUGUUGUACUUGUGUGAACUUGUAAGUAUGAGGAUGUGUAGACAAUUAUACAGAUGCUGCACAAGAUCAAGAUGUCAUGCUUCGUACGAGAGCAAUCUUCAGGGAUAGGGAGGAUUACCUUCUACGUCAUCAAGGAUGCUGCUCUAUUUGGCGACAACUACACAUUCAAAAUUUUUAUUUAAUCGUACGGUGCCCUGUUGUUAUAUGAAUCUUCACAAUCAUGCUUACAAAUACUACUUCUACAUGACAUGCAUACACGCAAAAUAGCGCACGAUUGCGAACAAAAAAAACUCAUACAACUUUAUUUACCUCAUUUUACAUCACUCAGCACUAGUAUGUAGUAUGGUGAUUGGUUCUACCUGCAUUUUCAUUCUUUCUGAUACAUGAUGUCGAUGCUUCCUCUCUCUUGAUGUGCUUGCUGAUCAGAUGUUCGAGGGGAUUUUGAUGGUCCUUGCGAUACGUGUCGCAAUUUAUUAAGAACUACCUACCCGUAGUACGCAUGUUCAUAGAUACCACAAAAUCAUCAAUCACUUGGAAUGAAACUGAAAGAAUGGCUUCAUACGUUUAUAUAUUGAUUCCAAUGGCUUCUAGAUGUAGAUGCAUAGAGAUCAUACGAGCAACGCGCGAUUGAGUUGCCGGCAUAAUAUAUAGAUACAUUACAUGUGCUCAUGAAAGGCACUGUUGAUGAAUCUGUAACGAUGCACAUUGCAUAGAAUUGUACUGCACUUACAUCACAAUUUGGACAGUUCUUUGAUCACCACUUUUCUUCGUUGAAUAAAAGUACAAAUGGCUUUAGUUUGCUCAGUUUCGGUACCUUUUUGAACAUGGACUCACUUGAACAAGUUGCAAGAAGUAGAGGACCUCCCCGGUUAGAUUCAAAAAAAAUGGACACUAUUCAUUUUUAGAAAGAAUCCUGAGAACCAAAAUCAAAAAGUUGCAAGACAUAACUACGCUGAUGCCUUCAUCUGACCCUCUUCACACGUAAUAGAAAUAGAGGAAGAAGAAGACGAAGAACUCGAC